UUGUAUUGAUACUAAGGUUCUUACCGACGUCUAGUUUUCUUCUCUGCACACACAGAGAAAAAUUUCAUCGAAUGAAGUGGGAAAAGUAUUAUUUACCGCUAAUUGUAGCCCGAUAGACGCUGUGCGUUUGGUAGCCAAUGCGUGACACUCUGUUCACGUGAAACUAAGGAAACACGAGAAUUGUGCGAUAUCAAUUGUCAUUGACCCUCACGAGUACAAGAAAAUACCCUGAGGUGGCCGAUAAACAUAUACGCCAACAGUAUUUUUUGGUGAACAUGUUCAUACGCGGUCAUCCAGAUCACAUCAUGUUCUCUGAAAAAGGCACGGUCGGUCUUCCUGUGAAAAUACAGAAGAAGCUUUCCCCUGGAGUACACAUGGCCAUGAACACGAUAAUGUGUGUUCUAACCAGCGUUUUCCGCGUAGAUGCCCAGCGCUCUGGCUCAGCAACUAACAAGAUUCCUGCUGUGUUUAGGUUGGACGAAGGAACUCUUUUGAAGAUAUUUGGUUUUCUUCCAGUAAAGGAUUUGCUACGGGCAUCCCAAGUGUGUACGUUGUGGUACAGGCUCUCGUACGACCGUCUGUUAUGGGGAGCCGUCGAUUUGAGGCGCUUUUCCAAAUCUUUCGAUGACCCUGAAAAUUUCAACUCACAUGCCGUUAAGCGGUUGGCAGGAAACAUACAAUGCCUUGACCUGAGUGGGUUUAACUUGUCAGAAGAAAAUCUGGCAGCUCUUGCUACUCAGUGCAAGGGUUUGCGUGUGUUGAAACUGAAAAGUGUAACAUUUUCAACAGAUCCAAGGAAAAAAUGCAAAGAAACUCGUGGCGGCCAAAGCACUGUUCUGUUUCCCAAGCAUCUACACUAUCUGGAUAUACGAUUCUCCCAUGGAAACCCUAAAGUGUACCGCGCUAUUGGGAAAGAGCUCGGCAACAUCAAAUGGCUUGGUCUUUGCGACGCGUUUUUCCGGAGUACUUUGGCGGCAGGCGAAUUACAAACAGCUAUAGACAGCUUGAAACAUCUCCGAAAACUGGACCUCAGCCACUGUCUGUUACUUAAAGACAGCACUUUGGUUCACUUCGCGCGCUGUCGCCAUCUGGAAGUACUGAGCGUGCGCAGAUGUUCUUUCUUGACGGGCAGUUUUGUUGAAGUUUUUCUGGAGUCCUGCACCAAGCUCAAGACUCUCAUUUUGGACGGGAUUAGUUUGGAUGACGAAGCGCUGCGAAAAAUCACCUGGAAUUGCUCUUCACUGAAACAUCUAGAGCUGGGAUGGUGCUCUUUUAUCACACCGAAAGGACUCAAAUCAGCCUUGCCUCAGAUAGCGAGAAUCCAGACUUUAGAGUACCUGGGAUUGUGCGCUAUCGGAGAAGAAAAAGCACUGGACGAUGAAAUUCUGCUAAAGCUAGGAACUAGUCUAGCAUGCUGGGGAUGCAAAAAACUGAAAUCGCUAAACGUGAGUCGUUCACAGUCCUUAACACAAGAUGGAGUGAUUGCGUUCAAGAAGUUAGGCACUUCUGUUGAGAUGCUAGACACAACGGAUUGCCCCGGGAUGGAAAUCAACGCAGCAAAAUUCAGUAAGAAGAACGAUAAGAAUCAAAAUGAUCAGGUAUUUGUCCAGAGCAACCACCCCACGGAGAUUUGCGGGGAAGAAGUCUCAAGAAACAGAAAGGGGUCUGUCAGCGCUACACAGUUUGCCAGAUCCAAGUACAUUCUGGAGACACCUCUUUAAGACAUUACAUUGUGCACGUUUGUACAUUUCCGGAUAAUUUUUUAAGAUUGCAAUCCAGAUGUUUUUUACUUAAAGUAGUGGCCUUGAUUAGGCCAAGGCCGGUUCUAAAUUAGCGGCUGGCCCGGGGACGAGCGCGAAUCGGGCGUUCGUGAGUGUUUCUUUUCUUGGUGGCCUGGAGCCGCCACUCGGUCGGCUCACGCAAGUUUUGAAGUUUUCUCGACUAAUUGAAAACUUUGCGAAUAUUGUGCUAUUUAUUUAAUGUAAACAUAUUGCCUUUUGUGUUACAGAAGAGUUUGACUAAACAUUAGCGAUUACAUCACUUGCAGUGAAUUAGAAAUUUCUAAAGUCUUUUCCAAGGUUUUGAGAGUUGAAAAUUAUCAAACCUUGGAAUUUUGACUUAUUUAUGCUUUUAGGAUUUGAAAUCAAGUCAAGAUGAAGUUGACUUGUAAAAAAAAAAAACCAGACAGUAAUUAUCAUAAUAACAACUUUAUUCAUCAAUACUUCGGGUUUCUAAGGAGUAAAUAAUGUCUAAAUUUUUUCGCUUGUGCCUGGCAGAAAUUGAUUCAAAGCGACGUGGACAUGACACUGUAGGAAGGUAGGCGUCAUGGUAGCCUUCUACGCAGGCGCUCUUUGGGCACGUCACGCAAUCUUCGUGGGAGGAGAAUUGCAUGACAAGCCAAAAGAGCGUCUGGUGUCAUGGCGGUCACAAAAAUGAAUACCGGCUCAUCUUGAUGGUUGUUUUUGAUGUUAUGUAAUAAGUUGGUUGCCUCGCUAGACUUUUUUGAGGUUUUAGCAUCACGAGUGCUAGAAAUUACUCACAUAAUUACGUGUAUGUGAUAGCACAUGGGUGGAGCAGGCUUUGUAGACAAUCUAAAUGAUUUUGUGAUUUCCAGCUGCUUAGACAAUGUAAAAGAAUGUGCGAAUAUUGCUCUAGAUGCUACGUGUCGAAAAGAAUUGAAAUUAAAGUGGCUCUCCUUA